AUGGGUGAUAGAAAAGACUUUAUGAACGAAGUCUUUGAUGCCGGACUUAUUACACUCGGAGCAGUCGCUGCGUCUGUGGUAAGCAAAAAAUUUGCAGGAGACAGUCUUGGAGUACCAAGUAGUCCAAAGGGAAUUUUAAAACUAGCCAUAGCUCUCGGAGCUGGUGCGGUUGGAGUUCACUAUCUACAGUUCAAAAAACUAUUGCCGGACGAUCCAUUUAAGUAAACAACUACAAUAAAAGAAAAUGACGAGCGUCGUAGUCGGAGGAUUAUUCAACGCCGUAGCAUUCGCAGGGGCUGGAUUCCUGUUCAGCAAAUUAAACCAUAGCGGAUACAAAGGUGAAAUGAAAAGACAUAACAAAGCGUUGGAAAAAUUAGCCAAAGCCAAAGAAAAAUGGUAUGAAAGUCAAGUGGAAAAAAAGAACAGAAUUGCAAUACUCAGACAGGAACUAGUUGAUGCCAAAUCGGAUAUGGAAGUGACAAACCGUGCUCUUGACUCCCUGCGAAAAGCGCAGGAGGAAUUAAUUCUGGACAAAGAGCCAACAAUUCACGAUUACUAUAAACCAUCAAGUGAAAAGGAAGAAUACCAGCAGAUCACGAUUGGAAUACUAGGUCUGGGGUCUGGAUUCAUAAUUACAAGAAUAUUAUAG